UAAAUUGUUCCUGUUAUAUGUAUAUUUCUAUUAUAAGAUUUUAAUAAAAUUAAUAUUUUGUAAAAUUUGAGAAAUGUUUCUAUCGAUAGUACACGUUCAAAUGUUCGAUAUUUUUAUCGAUAUUUUUCAUCGUGUAUUCAGAACGCGUAAUUUGUCAUUUUCCGAAUUUUUGUGAAAACUGUAUUCGGUAUUGAAAAUUAUAGGUUGUUAGAGAAUAAAAUUUGUGAUUACGUAAAAUUGCACGUGACAUUAUGCAAAACUGUGAAGAGAAAAAUUCUAAUGAAUUAUUCGAGUAUAUAUACCAGGUUAUUCUCAAAUUUGUUUGAAUAUAAAAUCAAUAAUUUACGAUUUAGCUAUAUUUGAAUGACUUUACAGAAUUUCUCUCAUUAUUUAUAAAAAUUAAAAUAAUUAUUACGAUAUUUUAUAAGAAUUUGUUUUUUCUAAAUUUAUUAAAUGUGCAGAACAAAGAUUACUGAUAAGUUUUUGUUUAAUAACCUAUAUCUCUCAUUAAUUUUUUAAAAUAAGAUGUACCUAUCUUUAAUGAAGGUGCUAUGUCAUGAGGCAAAUGUAAAGCCUUUUCCGAUGAUACAAAUGUAUCUGCAAAAGAACUGUUUGAGAUUUUGUGUUGAUUAUGCAAAUGUGAAAGAUUGGUCGCCACUAUUGAACAGUAUAAUGCAAGAUCGAAGUCUGUCCAAAAUUUAUGUGUAUAGCCGAUGUUGCCGUAAAAAGAUUAGAGAGAAAAUAGAUACAGAAGACAAACUCAUGACACUACGGUAAUAAUUACAAAUAUAUUGAAAAUUUGUUUAAUUUGACAGAUCUCGAUCAGCAAAGAAUAUUUUUAAUCAUCUUUUAAAUGUUUCAAAAAAUGUCAGAAUAAAGAAUAAAUAUUUAAAAAAUAUUUAAAAGACAUUUUUGAUCGGGAUAUUUUGUUUUUAACAUGAAAACCGUUUUGAUACUUAAAUAACAAUUAUAUUUUGAAAUUUUUUAAUUCUUGAUUAUGUAGUAGAUACCUUAAAUCAUAUGAUUUUUGCCAUAAAUAACGUUUAAAAAAAUAACGUUUUUGCUAAGUAAUUUUAUAUACUUAUGAGCAUAUUAGACUGUAUCUUUUGUAGUAUAAAAUUAAUACAAAGAAUAAAAUUACGUCUAAUUCUAAGUUUUAAUUAAAAAAAAAUUUUUUGUGACAAUUUUUUAAAUGUUAAAAAAGUAAAAUUAAAUACCAUGAUUAUAUUUUCUUUCGGAUACUACUCCCCGUAAGUUUAAGCUUGCAGGUGCUCCGUCGCGACAAAGGGACAAUCGAAGGGAGAGUUAAAAAAACAUGACAAUGACAAAAAACGAUGAUAUAUAAAUUUGCUAACCACAAAAUGGCAAAUGGAUUGGCAUUCUGCUCCCACGUUCAGGAGAUGCACGCGAAAGGGUCGACAGCAGCCAAUUUUGUACACGAAUUAUCUACUACGAUCCUUCGUUCAUUCCGUCGCGGUCUGUCUGAAGAAUUCGCUGAUGAUCACUAGCCUCACGCUCGAUGGCAUCCCCCUGAAACCUAAGUAUCUAAGGAUCCUUGGUGAUGGUUUGGCAAAUAAUCGUAAUCUACGAAGCUUGUCGUUGGCCAGAUGUCGAAUAGGCGAUACAGGAUGUUACAUGUUAUUGGAAAACUUGCAAUGUAAUUCAAAUCUUCAUAUUCUGAAUCUAUCAUCGUGCUGCCUUACUAACAGAAGCGCAACAUGCUUGUCAUUGUUCUUAAAAAAGAGAAAAGCGGAUUUGCUGCAAAGUGUUUGGAAAGAGUCGGCAUUACCUCAAGACGCUCGCACAACAGUGGAAGGAUUACAAGUAUUGAUACUUAAUAAAAAUUAUCGAUUUAACGACGCUGGUUUGAGGCAAUUGACACGUAUGCUGAAAAAUGACUUUUGGCUGAAGACACUGUGCUUACGAUGUUGCGGAAUUACUCAACACGGAGGAGAAAUUGUGUUGGAGCUUUUACAAAUAAAUAGCGUGCUUACGCAACUUGAUCUGAGGGACAAUGAAGUGUCGGCCAAUAUAUUGGAAAUUAUUCACAAAAUUUUAAAGAAAAGGAAAAUUAAAGGUGAAAGAAUACCGAUGAAGAAAAGAUUACUGAGUCACAAGCAUAUCUUUGUAAGAGAUAUAAUUUCAAAAAACAAAUUGUCUUGGCAUGUACCGAAAGAGGACAAACUUUUCAAAACUCAAGCUUAUAUUCAAACAAAAACGCAAAAAGAUUGCACUUCACAGCAAACCACACAUGAACGAAAGACGAGAAGAAAAAGUAGGAAAUGUAGAUCACACAGUGCAGUAAAUAAAAGUUAUAUCACUUGGACUAACGCAGAUGAAUUAAAAAGUCAGCUAUCUCACAUGAUCGAGCGCAAUCGGAAUUUAAUAAGAGACUUAGAGAACAGCAGCAAUUUUCUAUUGAAGGAAAGAGAUCGUCGUUUGAGUGUUGAAGAAGCGUAUCACAAAAUGCAACCCCGACUGAGAAAUCUCAGGAACAAAAUCGCCAUGCAAAAUUAUAUUCAUUCGAAUAUGCGUUACGAAAAUAAAGUUUACGCAAAUUUGCAAAAUGUAUUCGAUGAAUGGGAUAUCUUUACAAACGGAAAAAUGUUAAGAAUGAAUAAGAAAAAUUUUUGUGAAGAAGCUGACAAAAACAAAAUUAAAUCUAAUAGUUGUUAUAAUAAAAAUCAACUAUUUAAAAAUGAAAUUGUCAACUUUUUUCAGAGAAAAUCCUAAAUGAAAUUGUAGCAUCAAUAUUUCUAGACUGUUCAUAUUUUGUACAAUUUAUAUUUUGUAAUUUAUUUUGUACAAUUACAAAAUAAAUUCUGUAAUUCACAUUUUGUUAUUUACAUGUAUGGCAAUUCAAUAUUAGAUAUCAAA